AUGAAUGGUGGACGACCAAAUCCUUCCGACGGCGGUGGUGGCGGCGGUGGAGGAAAGUCUCGCCUUUCCAAUUCCAGCUCAAAACCCGGCAACAAAAAGUCCUUUGUGUGGAAUUACUUCAAACACCCCGAGGGCGAGUCCGGCAAUAUCGAUCGGACCCGAACUCAGUGUUUGGUAUGCAAGAGUCAGCUGGCAUUCAAUGCUUCUGGCACUACAACCACCAUGUUGAACCAUCUGAAGAGUCGUCACGGUGAUAUUGCACAGCGUGAAGAACAGCAGCGCGCUAGGAUCAGUUCUGUCAACUCCGGGGCUGCGGGUACUGGUGGUGGCGGUGGCCCAAUUAACGGCCGGAGGAAAAAUGGUUCGGAGACCUGUCGACUGAGCUACAACAGGCCAAAUCAACCUAACAGUUUAUUCGGCCCUCAUUUUCGACCCUCGCGUGGACCGGGAGUCAAACAGGAGGAGAAAUCGCCACUUACAUUCCCACACAACUUCGGAAAGGACGAACUUCCGAAUUUCCCGGUGAGUUUGAAUUGCUAUACCAUGUUUGCUGCUUAG